ACAGCCUGGGAGACUCUGGUGUCUCUAUACCCCAUCUCCAAGUGUGGAAACUGAGACCAAGUAGGCUCAGGCUCUCUUGUCACCCAGGUUUGGCAGUGACUCCAACUGCAGGUCUGGCCCAGACCCUGAGAAGAGGCCACUUGGACCUCAGACCAUGGCCUUCUCAACAGCUCGACUCCCCCUGAGGUCCUGCCGGAUCCUUACCCACAGCAGCCUUCUGUUGCUCCUCAGCUUGGGGUGGGUGCAGCCUUUGUGGGCUCAGACAGUUAUGACCCAGCAGACGCCUAACCUCCUCAACCCAGUAUUGGCCAGCAAGAAUGACCUUGCCAGCCUUGACCCCAGCCUCCUCUGUGACUUCACCUGUACGGAGGUGUCUGGCAUGAGCAUUGAGCGUGCCCAGGAGCUGGCCAUGACCAUAAGGCAGAAGAAUGUCACUCUCCGGGUGGAUCAGCUACACUGUCUGGCACUUCACCUCUCCAAGCACCUCGUCCCCAAGAACCUGGACAGCUUUCCAGUGGAUAUGUUGCCCUUCUUCAACCCAGACUUGUUCAUGGGGCCCCAGGCCUGUACCCAGUUCUUCUCUGGCAUCGCCAAGGCCAAUGUGGAUGUGCUCCCGCGGGGGGCUCCUAAGCGGCGGCAGCUGCUGCUUGCAGCUCUGGCCUGCCAGGGUGUGCAGGGGUCUCGGGUGAGUGAGGACAACGUACAGGCCCUGGGAGGCCUAGCUUGUGACCUGCCUGGGCACUUUGUUGUCAACUCUGCGGCAGUUGUCCUCCCCCGGCUGGCAGCCUGCCCAGGGCCCCUGGACCAGGACCAACAGGAGGCAGCCAGGGCAGCUCUGCAGGGUGGAGAAACACCCUAUGGCCCCGCAUCAAGGUGGUCGGUCUCUACAUUGGAUGCCCUGCAAAACCUGCUGGCUGUGCUGGACCAGUCCAUCAUACGUACCAUCCCCAAGGGGGUCACGGAUGCCUGGCUGCAUCAUACCUCCCAGGAGCCAUUUGGGCAAUGGCCUGAGCUGACCACCAUCCUUGUGAGGCUCAAGCGGAGCGCAGAGGAGAAGGUCUGUCCCCCAGGGCGGAAGCCCCAAGUGGUGGAGGAAGACCUCUUCUUCUAUGCUGACUGGGAACUGGAGGCCUGUGUGGAUGGUGCCCUGCUGGCUACACAGAUGGACCGAGUGAAUGCCAUUCCCUUUACCUACCAGCAGCUCCACAUCUUUAAGCGCAAACUGGAUGAGACCUACCCACAAGGCUACCCUGAGUCCCUGAUCCUGAGCCUGGGCCACUUCUUCCACCUCAUGAGCCCUGAGGACAUUCAGAAGUGGAAUGUGACCUCCCUGGACACCUUGAAAGCUCUGCUCAAAGUCAGCAAAAGGCCAAAUAUGGACACUAAGGUGGUCACCCUGACUGCCCGCUACCUGCAGGGGAGUGGCCAGCUGGACAAAGAUAUUCUGGAUGCCUUGGCUGGCUUUUAUCCCACCUACCUGUGUGCCCUCAGUCCUGAGCAGCUGGGGUCUGUGCCUGCCAGGCUCCUAUGGGAAGCCAGGCCUCAGGACCUGGACACAUGCAACUCAAAGCAGCUGGUCGUUCUCUAUCCCAAGGCCCGCUUGGCAUUCCAGAAUGUGAGCGGGUUAGAGUACUUCAAGAAGAUCCAGCCCUUCCUGGGUGGGGCCUCCAUAGAGGACCUGCAGGCCCUCAGCCACCAGAAUGUAAGCAUGGACAUGGCCACAUUUAAGAAGCUGCCAGUCAAGGCUGUGGAGCGGCUGACCGUGGCCGAGGUGCAAAACCUUCUGGGACGGAACGUGGCAGGCCUGAAGGCAGAGGAGAGGAACAGUCCUGUGAAGGAAUGGAUCUUCCAGCAGCGGCAGGAAGACCUGGAUAUGCUGGGGCUGAGACUUCGUGGUGGUAUCCCCAAUGGCUACAUGGUCCUGGACCUCAACUCACGACGAGAGGCCUUCUCUGGAGGACCCCACCUCCUUGCACCUGGACUUGUGCUGGCGUUGACCCGGGCUGUGCUUGUGGCUGGGACUCUGAACUGAGGCUACCAUUCCCAAAGCCCCUGGCCCCUGCCCAUUGUGGAGCUCCACUAUGUGGGAGCAGGCCCACGUGAUCAAUGUCUGGCCCAAGGACAUUUGAGCUCAAUAAACAGUAGCCCAUCCCUCUGCA